GUCUUGCCCAUUGUGGCGAAUCUGCCGUUGCGGUACGGCGGCUAGAUGUGCAGGACCCCAACCGGAAGCUUGCGGAAUCAGCCGCGGGAAGAACGCCCGGGUUUUUUGGGCACCUACAGUCAUGGCGGCGACGGCCCCCGGUGCGGCGGGCUCCGCGCCUGAGGCCGCGGGUUCCGACGAAGCCCCGCUACAAUACAGCCUUCUUCUGCAAUACCUGGUGGGCGACAAGCGUCAGCCCCGGCUCCUGGAGCCUGGUAGCCUGGGCGGGAUCCCGAGCCCGACCAAGAGUGAGGAACAGAAGAUGAUCGAGAGGGCGAUGGAAAGCUGCGCGUUCAAGGCAGCUCUGGCCUGCGUGGGAGGAUUUGUCCUGGGAGGUGCGUUUGGGGUAUUCACUGCUGGCAUUGAUACCAAUGUGGGCUUUGACCCUAAGGAUCCGUAUCGUACGCCGACAGCGAAAGAAGUUCUUAAAGACAUGGGGCAGAGAGGGAUGUCCUACGCCAAAAAUUUUGCCAUUGUGGGCGCCAUGUUUUCCUGCACUGAGUGCUUGGUAGAAUCUUACCGGGGAAAAUCAGAUUGGAAGAACAGUGUCAUUAGUGGCUGCAUCACUGGAGGAGCCAUUGGUUUCAGAGCUGGCUUAAAGGCCGGGGUCAUUGGUUGUGGAGGUUUUGCUGCCUUCUCUGCUGCGAUUGAUUAUUAUCUACGGUGAGAGUUCCUGCCUCCAGGGAAGGACAGUGCCAGCCCGGGAUCACAGCCGUUCCGUGGGGGGCAGUUUCUGUACCACUCUGGGCACUUGCUUCCAAGACCGAAGACCUUUGUUCUCCCUCACGUAGCUGGUGUCAUGAGGGACCCACGGGGCUGCUGUCUGCCUCCAGCCUCUGAGCGGCCGUACUGUCUGUUCCUGGGUUUCAGCUGCGCUGCGUGGGGGAUGUGCCACAGCGGCCUGUCUCUUUCAGGCAGAUCAGGAGUCAGUGUGUUGACUUGUAGGAAUUAAGCUCCCCAAAGGCUCAGUCCUGACCACAGCUGGCCCUCUGGUGGUUUGGUGCUGGGACCAGAGGCGACUGGACGUCCACCCAGGAAGUGCGGAACUCCACGCAGUCCUCCAUCUCACACGUGAGGGCGGGGCGGGGCAUGGCAGAUUUACACCACCUCUCCCAUCUUGUCCUUUUGUUUAGUGUUGUCUUUGUUAAAAAAACUUAUUACAGUUUAAAAGGUUGGUUCGUUUUGGGUGGGGAGAUGGUGACAGCCUGGGUCUUUGGAGCUGCCCUUGGGGCCCGCGGUGUCUUGUCCCCUCCUCUUCCACUUCCCUUUAUAAAGAAUAAAGGCCAUUCGUACCAUAAAAUAAA